GAAUCAACCCAAACACGCGUUUUUCUCUGGACAGCACCUCGAUGCAUGGCUACUGCGUUUACACGCUCGAUUAAUACACUCGAUGAUUCUGUGGUUUUUCACGAGAACCUUAAAGCCGCAUAUAUCUAUGGACCUAACAAUCAUCGAAUCAAACGAACCUAUUUAUCUUUGCUCCCUACCAUACGUAUGACUAUGUGAAAGCCUUACUUCAACAGGAAAUGCCAGGAAAGAGGGUACUUUUUGCAAAUGAUUUUGCUUACGCAUUGCAAGGGAAGUUUGAAAAGAUUCCGGACGGUUAUAUUCACAUUUUUUAAUCCGGAAUCCAACAAAGGUAUUCAUGUCACUACGUAACCAGUAUAAGAUUUAGAGCCUUUUCUUUGGUGAUGAAAUGCAAAGGUAUCAACCGACACUUGAAUUAUAUUUCGUGGACUUGUGGAAGCUUUAUAUGCACAUCACAGAUGAUCUCAAGAAACCUACCCUCGUUAUUGAUGUUGAUGACUUCUUGCAAGAUCCUGAAGUAAUGAUGAAGAUUUAUUGUCAAUCAACUGGCAUACCAUUUCGAGCAUCGAUGUUGUCAUGGGAACCGUGUAGUAUAUGGAAUGUGGAUUGGCAAUGUAGCACCUUUUUAAAAUAUGUUACGUGGUGGCAGGGUUGGUAUAAGAACGCUUUCAAUAGCAAUGGAUUUGGAAAUUCCAAAAGAAAGACCAAUUACAGUAUUACUCAAGAAGUUACAAUGCUACCAGCAGACAUCAGAAAACUUGUGGAAAUCAGUGAACCGUAUUAUAAAUUACUGUAUGAUGAAAGAAUAAAAAUUUGAUUUCGGUAUCAAUUUCCAUUAUGGGUAUGAAAGGUACCGCCUAUCAGUAUGCAUUGGAUGCGUACACCAACAAAUUUAAAGAGAAAUAUGAAACUUACCAGAAACCCGAAGACGAAAUAUAUAUCCAUGAAGAAGCCUGGAAAGAUGCUUUAGCUGCAUAUAGAAGAGCGAGUGUUGGAGAAAUGCCUAUGGCGGAGUGUCCAACUGUUAACUUAAUGAGGGAAAAAAGAAAUGAAUACAGACAAUUGAACAACCAGAUAAAGGACAAUGCUGACAAGAACAACAAUGCAGCUCAUAACAAAGCACUAACAUUUUACAGAGAUGGAAUGCAAGAUGAAUAUGUAAAUAUUUUUGGCUUUGAUGCAAGACAUAGCAAAUCUGAAAAUACUGCACAUAGUGUGUACGAACAAGCUGCUAAUAAGGGAUUUCAAUCAUAUCAAAUAAACAAGACAAGUUUAAGAAGUGGAAUUGAUGCUGUACAUAGAGAAUUGGCAAAGCAGAGAACUGUUGGUAACUGGCUUAAAUCUUGGGUUGGAAAACAAAAAUAUGUUGUGAUCCCUCAUCAUCUCCUUAAAUAAGUUAUCAAAAAUACAUAACAAUACAUGUAUUUUAAUAUCACAACCAAAGUAGAUGUACGUAUUUCAUUUAUUGCUAUCGUCUUUACUUAGACCAUUAGUAGACAUGGUAAGUUGUUGGAAUAUUUUAGUGUAACAGAAUAGAAAAAUAAUAUUUUAAACAUUUUCCAUAUUAAUUAUCCGAUGUGUGUAGUAAUAAAACUUGUUAGUUUUCCAUGUUAUUACUUGCAUAAUGGUAGAGUACUUAUAAGGAUAUUAAUAUCAUUUAAUUAAUAUUUUAGAAAUGUUACUAUUGGAAGAUGGUAACUAAAAUGAUCAAUAUAUUGAGAAUCUUCUGGAAAUAUUGUGUUAAGAUUUAGAAGUUUAUCCCAGAUGAUAAUUUAAAAUUGUUUUGUAUCAAAGACAAGAAUACUUUUACUGUGAAAGUGGCUAUUAGAAAAAAAUCCAAAUGUAAG